GGCUGGUCUUUUAGGCAGAGGAACUCUUCAUGGAGGAGAUCUCAGAAGACCCCCGGGGAAGAGGAGAUCAACCCAGUCCUUCUCAAGAGCUGCUUUUCAGGAGGAUCUCCCAGGAAGGUCCAGCUCAGGUCACCACCCCAUGGAAUGGAAGAACGUUGAUGGAAAUCCCUGAAAUGUCACUUGUUUGUGAUGGAGUAGAAGUAGCAGCUGUGCCUCCAGCUCAGGGCUUCAUAUCCUUUGAGGAAGUGGCUGUACAAUUUGCGGAGGAGGAAUGGGCCCUCCUCAGUUGGAGCCAAAGAGCCUUGUGGAAGGAGGUCAUGUUAGAGGUUUCUGUGCAUGUGGCUGCUCUAGCAGGUGUUGGGCAGGAGAAUGAGAACAACAAGCAGCUGAGGUUAGUGCCACUGCAAACAGCUGAGUAUGAAGUGGAAGAAGUGAUGUUAGGCCAUCAAGGGGAUUCAAAAAGGCAAGAGAGAAGCCACUCGGAAGAUGGAGGGGAGAGGUCCUCCACUUCUCUCCCUGUUGAAAUCCAUCACUUCCUGACCCAGCAAGCUCAGAAAGAAAACACAAAGGGAAAAUAUGCAGGAUGUGGCCAAAGAGAGAAAAAUAAAUUUAAUUUACGUGAAUGCUGUAGAAGCCAGGCUAAAAGGAAACAGUAUGUCUGCAGACAAAACAGAAAAAAUGUCAAUUUCUUUUCUCUUACUUUACCUAAAAAACUAUACAGGAAACACAAGCCACAUACAUUUAUAAAAUUUGGGAGGGGUUUCAGUCUGAGCAGUUAUGUUAAUUCCCAUGAAGAAUUUCACACAGAGAUGAAGCUGUAUAAAUGCAUGAACUGUGGAAAGAGCUUCAGUACAAGCAGCAAUCUUAUUCGCCAUCAAAUGAUCCACACAGGUGAGAAACCAUACGAAUGCAUGGAGUGUGGAAAGAGGUUCAUUGAGAACAGAGACCUUACUCGUCAUAAAAGGAUUCACACAGGGGAGAAACCAUAUAAAUGCAUAGAGUGUGGGAAGACUUUCAGAACAAAUGGUCAUCUGACUCGCCAUCAAAUGAUUCACACUGGUGAAAAACCAUAUAAAUGCCUGGAGUGUGGAAAAAGCUAUAUUGAGAACAGAGAUCUUACUUGUCAUAAAAGGAUCCACACAGGGGAGAAACCAUAUAAAUGCAUGGAGUGCGGAAAGAGCUUUCCUCGGAAUAGUGCCCUGAUUUGCCAUCAAAAAAUCCACACUGGAGAGAAACCAUAUAAAUGCAUGGAAUGUGGGAAGAGCUUUAUUAAGAAAGGACAACUUACUUCCCAUCAAAGGAUCCAUACAGGUGAAAAACCAUAUAAAUGUAUGGAAUGUGGAAAGAGCUUCAGUAGAAACAAUAAUCUUACAUCCCAUCAAAGGAUCCACACAAGGGAAAAACCAUAUGAAUGCACAAAGUGUGGAAAGAGCUUUAUUUAUAACAGUGGUCUUUCUCGCCACCAGAGGAGACACACAGGUGAGAAACCGUAUAAAUGCACAGAGUGUGGGAGGACCUUUAUUCAGAAAGGACAACUUACUUCCCAUCAGAGGAUCCAUACAGGUGAGAAACCAUAUAAAUGCAUGGAGUGUGGAAAGACCUUCAGUAGCAAGAGUGCCAUUACCUACCAUCAAAGAAUCCACACGGGUGACAAACCAUAUAAAUGCGCAGAGUGUGGGAAGACCUUUAUUCAGAAAGGACAACUUACUUCCCAUCAAAGGAUCCACACAGGGGAGAAGCCAUAUAAAUGCACAGAGUGUGGAAAAAGCUUUCGUCGGAACACAGAGCUUAUUCAUCACAAAAGGAUCCACACAGGGGAGAGACCAUAUAAAUGCCUGGAGUGUGGAAAGAGCUUUGCUCAGAAAGGACAACUUAAUUCUCAUGAAAGGAUCCACACAGGGGAGAGACCAUAUAAAUGCAUGGAGUGUGGAAAGAGCUUUCGUCGAAACACAGAACUUAUUCAUCAUAAAAGGAUCCACACUGGGGAGAGACCAUAUAAAUGUAUGGAGUGUGGAAAGCGGUUUACUCAGAAAGGACAUCUUACUCAUCAUGAAAGAAUCCACACAGGAGAGAAACCAUACAAAUGCAGAGAGUGUGGAAAGAGCUUUGUUCAGAAAGGACAACUUAAUUCUCAUGAAAGGAUCCACACCGGGGAGAAACCAUAUAAAUGCAUGAAGUGUGGAGAAAGCUUUAACAACCACAAGACCUUUACUCAUCAUAAAAGGAUGCACAAUGGGGAGAAUCCAUAUAAAUGCAUUGAGUGUGGAAAAAGCUUUAACAACCACAAGACCUUUACUCAUCAUAAAAGGAUCCAUACAGGGGAGAAACCAUAUAAAUGCAUAGAAUGUGGAAAGAACUUUACUCGGAAAGAACAUCUUACUCGUCAUGAAAGGAUCCACACAGGGCAGAAACCUUAUAAAUGCACAGAGUGUGGAAAGGGCUUCAGUACAAAUUGUAAUCUGACUCGCCAUCAGAGGAUCCACACAGGUGAGAAACCAUAUUGUUGCAGGGAGUGUGGAAAGAGAUUCAUUGAGAAUAGAAACCUUACUUCACAUCAAAGGAUCCACACAGGUGAGAGACCAUAUAAAUGCCUGGAGUGUGGAAAGAGUUUUUUUGACAACAGAGACCUUAUGUGCCACCAAAGGAUCCACACAGGGGAUAAACCAUAUAAAUGCCUGGAGUGUGGAAAGAGCUUUAUUCAGAAAGGAAAACUUAAUUCUCAUAAAUGGAUCCACACAGGAGAGGGACCAUAUAAAUGUAUGGUGUGUGGAAGGAACUUUAUUGACAACCGAGACCUUACUCGCCACCAAAGGAUCCACACAGGGGAGAGACCAUAUAAAUGCAUGGAGUGUGGAAAGACCUUUAUUGACAAUCGAGACCUUACUCGCCACCAAAGGAUCCACACAGGGGAGAGACCAUAUAAAUCCAUUGAGUAUAAAAAAAGCUUUAAUGACCACAGCACCUUUAAUCAACAUAUAGGGAUCCACACCGGAGAAAAAUAUAAAUGCAUGGAAUGUGGAACAAGCUUCUUUGAGAAUAGUGCGCUUACUUGUCAUACAUGUAUACACACACAAAAAAUCAUAUGAACCCAUGGAAUGAUCUUCAUUUGAAUCAAGAUACUCAUCUUCAAAGGAUCCAGACAUGGGAGAAAGCUUAGCAUUGCACAGAACAUGCAAAGAUCUUUGAUUUGAGCUGUAAUCUAAUUUACCAUCCAAACAUACAGAGGAGAAAAGCUAUAAGGGCUCGAAUGUGCAAAGAGCCGAAGGUGGAUCAGUUGUCUUACUUGUCAUAGGAUGACCUAUACAGGAGAGUUACCUUAGAAACCUAUGAGAAUGGGUGAGUCAGUGAAAGUGCACCAUUGUCUCACUCAUCUUAUGCUUUCUGCACAUAUCU